AUGGAUUACCAUGAUUACCUCCGAUACGAGGAACUCUAUCGCGACUUCAUCGAAGACGACAGCUUUGACGGAGGCGGCUAUAUCGAGGGCGAGGCGAGCGAGAGUUCCGAGAGCAAUCAAAAUGACGUCUUCGAAUGCACAAUACGUGAAGGUGAAGCUGACUAUGGGGAAAUUCCCCACAAAGGUGUUUUUGAUCCUAGCUGCGAUGAAGAGCAAAAUGUUUUACGUGCCGCUUUGGCCUCUUACUAUUUGUUUCGCCGUGCCGCUCAUUGGACUUAUACCCAUCGUCGUCGACGCAAUUUCUACUCGCUUCCAAGCCCUCAGCAGGAUGUCUUGAGGUCAAUUGGUUUCCUUCAAAAGCUCGAACGUGUUGAUGCAGCGAUUGACAAGAAUGCCGAAUUUGCCGAGUGUUUGCUCAAGUCUGGAUCAUAUAGCUUUGGCAUUGACCCUCGAGAUGCUGAGCAGUGGAAGGAGCUUGCUACUCCUGAUGAUCUAGAUAAAGCGAGGAGCACAAUCAAACAAUUCGUACGCGAUUGGAGCGAAGCCGGGAUCCUCGAAAGAGAAAUGACCUAUGGUCCUAUCUUGGAAGCUGUCGAUCGUCUCUUCGGUAUGGUCUCUCCACGCUGUGAUGUCCGAAUUCUUGUUCCUGGUGCUGGUCUUGGACGACUAGCUUUCGACUUUGCCUGCAAAGGCUAUGCUACAGAAGGGAAUGAAUUCUCGUUCCAUCAGCUCAUUGCAUCAAACUUUAUCCUCAAUCAUACCUCCACUGCCGAGGAGUUUCAAAUCCAUCCAUUUUGUCAUAGCUUUUCGCAUCAUCGAAGCCAUGAUUAUCAUCUGCGACCCGUUCUCGUACCUGAUGUCCACCCUGGGACCGAGCUUAACCAGGAGUUGGAAUUCACCACGCAGCCCGAUACCUUCGGCCAUCGACCCGGCGGGCCUCAAACCUUUCGCUACAGGCCAAGCCAAUAUUUCUCCAUGUCUGCUGGCGAGUUUGUUUCAAGCUAUAAUACUCCAGAAGCUUAUGAAACCUUUGACUGUGUUGCGACCUGCUUUUUCAUUGACACCGCUCGAAAUCUUCUAGAUUACAUGGGGACAAUCCGUAAUAUCCUCAGGGAAGGAGGGGCCUGGAUCAAUCACGGUCCUUUGUUGUGGCAUUUUGAAGGUAGUGAUGCGACUGAGCCGAAGAACCCUGGUGAUAAAAAACACAAAUAUGGAGAUCUCAGGGGCUUUGACAAGGUUCAAGCAGAUCAGGAGGAUGCUGAGAUGCCUCAGCUCCCGACUUCCUUAGAUGGAACUUUCCAACAGCUGCCAUUCGGGAGCAGUCACAGCUCCCGAACCAGGGUCGACCCUGGAGAGUUUCCUGACGCUGUUGAAACCCCCCCUUCUGGCGAGACUGCUCCUGCUGGUGACGAAGGUAGUGUUUCGAUCGGCGGUGAGACAGGAAGCUCAACUGGAUUCAUCGACGGCUCUCGUACCCCACAGACUCCAACCGCCUCAUCCAAUGCUGGUGCUAGCGUCACCACCUCCGCCUCUAACCUAACGCCUUCAACCCCUGCUAGUGAUCGUGGUCGUCAAAACAUUGGAUCAGCCUCUCAUUCCAACCACUCUCGCGCUGAAUCUCACAGUCACCAGGGACAACACAGCCACAGCCACCAUAGCCAUGAUGAUGAAGAAGCUUGGAACGGCAGUCUCGAAUUCACACUAGAGGAUGUAAUCCGCCUCAUCGACUUAUAUGGAUUUGAAAUCAUCGAGCGUAAGACCACGGAACCCUCCGGAUACAUUAAUGAUGUUAAGAGCAUGGGCCGUUAUAUGUAUGAGUCGGAGUACUGGGUUGCGGUCAAGAAGCGACAAGUCUCAGAGGUCGUCGAUAGAACCUUGAAGAAAUUCGAUAUCAAAGAUGAAGUUGAGGAUGACAACAAUGCUGCAAGUGAAGGGGAGUCUGGUGGGGUUCCAGUCGGGGAGAAUCUUGAAUUCGAGGACGGGGGACUUGAACAAUCUGGGCAACAACAUUAUGACGAAACCCAGUCAACUGGCGCAAGUUCCGGCUUGAGCCAGCCACCGCGUCAAUGGGGCGUCACGCCCGCGAUUUCUCAUUCUAUGCCAACAGAUCAAGAAAUAAAAGUCAACAAUGAUCUGAUUGAAGAGCUGAAGGCUAUGAACAGCUUCGAGAGUGCUGAAGAAUCACAAAAACGUGUCGAUGUCUUGAAACGAUUACAAAGAAUCACGGAAGAUUUCGUCAAACAAGUUUAUACAUCAAAGAACCAGAACGAGCUGGCUACAAAUAGCGCUGGAGGAAAGGUGUUUACUUAUGGAAGCUACAGACUCGGAGUCGUCGGACCUGGAUCCGAUAUCGAUACCCUCGUCGUUGCCCCGAAACUUGUUACGCGUGAAGAUUUCUUCAAAUUCUACCCUCCAUUACUCAAAGCCUUGAACAAACCCAAUGAACCCCAAAUCAUUGAAGAACUUGCGCCAGUCCCAGACGCGUUUGUCCCGAUUAUCAAGUUUGUUAUGUCGGGAAUUUCGAUUGAUUUGAUCUUCUGCAGACUCGGCGUCACCCAGGUUCCAGCGGAUAUGAGCUUGGAGGAUAAGAACUUGCUAAGGGGCUUAGAUGAGAAGGAGUUGAGGAGUUUGAACGGAACAAGAGUCACAGAUGAAAUUUUAACAUUGGUCCCUGCACCAGCUGUUUUUAAACAUGCUCUUCGAGCUAUCAAGAUUUGGGCAAAAUGCAAGGCUAUCUAUGGAAACGUCUAUGGAUUCCCAGGAGGUGUCGCUUGGGCCAUGCUUGUAGCCAGAAUUUGCCAGCUUUACCCUUCCGCUGUCAGUGCUGUAAUUGUCUCUAAGUUCUUUCGAAUUUUGGGACAGUGGGCCUGGCCGCAACCGGUUCUUCUGAAGCCGAUUGAGGAUGGGCCUCUGAAUGUCAGAGUCUGGAACCCAAGAUUGUACCCCAGCGAUAAGAAUCAUCUUAUGCCUAUCAUCACACCAGCCUACCCAUCAAUGUGCUCAACCCACAACAUUACUCCUUCAACGAAAGCCGCUAUUCUUGGAGAGAUGGCUAAAGCAGCCGAUAUUGUUGAUAGAAUCAUCACUGGCAAGGGUAACUGGAAACAGCUGUUUGAGCGUCAUACCUUCUUCACCAAAGACUACAAAUACUAUCUCGCUGUCAAUGCCAGCGCCAAGGAACAGGAGGCUAGUGUGAAGUGGUCCGGUCUUGUGGAGUCUAAAAUUCGACAUUUGGUCAUGAAACUUGAAAUGUGCAAUGAUGUCAUUGCGAGUGCUAGACCGUACGUCAAACCUUUCGAACAGGUUCAGUACUGUAAGAAUGACGAAGAGGCACGUAAGAUCGCGAAUGGUGAACGUGUUGAGAACGAUCCUCCAGCUGAAGCUGCUAAUGCUGCAACUGGAGAGACGGCAGGUGAGGUUUCAGAUCAAGAGAAGAAUGGUGUUCCCCUUUGGAUUACCACAUUCUACAUCGGGGUUGAGUUAGUUCCUGGAUGGACUGGAGCAGUUAACAUCACCUGGCCAGCUCGUGAAUUCUAUCAAAUGUGCCAUAGCUGGGAAGGUUAUGAUGAGGAGACCCAUUGUGUGAAGCUUGAUCUGAAGAAAAAGUAUUACACCUCUACAUUUGCGAUUAUUAACUCAGUGGAAUUACAGGUGCUGACACGCGGUUACUCUAGUUUCAAUCUCCCAGAUGAAUGUUUCGAUUUCGCGAAAGGUGAUAUCAAACCAGCUAAGACUGUCGUUAAAAGAAAAGUCAUUAGAAAGGUUGCUAGCAGCAUUGAAGGCUCCCAGAGCGGGACAAAGAGAACUCAUGAUGAGGCCACAAACUCCACCGAGGGCGAUGUCAAGCGAACUAAGGUCAAUGCACCCGUCCCUGUCCAAGGAUAG